CACUUGGUGAUAUCCAUACUGAACACAUUGUUUACACCACAACUACACCAACAAUCACAAUUACACUGUCUGACGUCCUUUUCGAUAACCUAGUUAUCGUCUUCAAAGGUAAACUAAAACCUGAUAACUUGAUUUACAUGUUUCAUACUAAAUCUUCCCACCAAUAAACCUCCUCCCGCGAAAAUUAAUUCCAGCGGGACAAUCUUCUUGGCGAGAAUCUUCACAUUCAUUAUUUGAUUACUAAACUAUAGAGUGGGUUGUAAGGAAUUGGCCCUUUGUCCCUAUUUAAGCUACUAAAGUCAAGUCAUUAGGUUUCAGUUUACUUUCAACCUCUGUAGACGAUAACUUGGUUAUAGAAACGCGCUUCAGCCAGUGUAACUGGAAGUGUUGGUGUAGUAGUGAUGUAAACAGUGUGUUUAGUAUGUUACUCAUCGAAACUGGUAAAACUCAGUACUUUUAUCGCGAGAAUUAUUAUGACAAGUGCUUUUUUACAACUUGCUCCUGUAUACCAAUUUUACGGCUGGAAUUCUUCGAUAUUUUAUAAUCUUUCAAGUAAGAAAAUACGCCGAGUGGUCUAGGGUUAUGAGUAGAUUCGAGACUGAAGGAUUCGCAGUCAUCGAACAUUUAUUUAGUCCAGAAGAAGUAGAAGAGAUGAAAAAUGAAGCUAAAAAAUUGAUAAAUACGAUGCCAGGAGAAUCCAAAAGAACAAUUUUCAGUACAACUAAUUCGGAGUCCCAACAGAAUAAAGACAAAUACUUCUUGGAAAGCGGUGAUAAAAUAUCAUAUUUCUUCGAGGAAGGGGCGUUGGGUGCUAACGGGGAAUUACUCGUAGAACCGGAGUAUUCAUUGAAUAAAAUCGGACACGCACUCCAUGAACUCAACCCCGUUUUUCGAAAAUAUACGUUUUCCGAAAAGAUAAAAGAAGCCGCCUUCCAAUUAGGUUUUGAAGAACCUGUUAUACCUCAAAGCAUGUACAUUUUUAAAAAUCCCAAGAUUGGAAGCGAAGUAAUCGCCCACCAGGAUGCCACAUACUUGUACACAGAUCCUUUGAAAUUAGUAGGAUUUUGGAUAGCCAUAGAUGACGCUACUAUAGAAAAUGGGUGUUUAUGGUUUUCGAGUAGAUCACAUAAUAGUGGAGUACAUCGAAGAUAUAUUAGAAAUCCGGAUAAAAAGUCCGAUGAAGUGUUGAUAUAUAAUUCAGCCGCUCCUUACUACCAAAAAAGCAACUUUUCCCCAGUUCCGAUUUCAAAAGGUAGCUGUAUUCUAAUACAUGGUCAAGUGGUUCAUUACAGCGAAGCUAAUAAAUCCAACAAAUCAAGACACGCUUACACUUUCCAUGUUGUAGAAAGUAAAAAUACUAUUUACUCCAAAGAAAACUGGCUACAACCUACCAAUAAACCGUUUAUGAAUUUGUACAGAAAUUAAAUUUAUUAUUAGUCGUAUAUUGUACAUAAUUUACUUCAAAUAAAACUUAUUUUUUAGACGA